UGCAUCUCAGUUCAUGUCGGCCAGGCCGGCGCCCAGAUGGGCAAUGCAUGCUGGGAGCUGUACUGUCUGGAGCAUGGCAUCCAGCCAGACGGCCAGAUGCCCAGCGACAAAACCACUGGAGGAGGAGACGACUCCUUCAACACCUUCUUCAGCGAGACGGGAGCGGGUAAACAUGUGCCACGCGCCAUCUUUGUGGACCUGGAACCCACCGUGAUUGAUGAGGUGAGGACGGGUACCUAUCGCCAGCUCUUCCACCCUGAACAGCUGAUCACUGGCAAGGAGGACGCUGCCAACAACUACGCCCGCGGGCACUACACCAUCGGCAAAGAGAUCAUCGACUCUGUGCUCGACCGCAUCCGCAAACUGGCUGACCAGUGCACAGGCCUCCAAGGCUUCCUGGUCUUCCACAGCUUCGGUGGAGGCACCGGCUCUGGUUUCACCUCACUGCUGAUGGAGCGCCUCUCAGUAGACUACGGCAAGAAGUCCAAGCUGGAGUUUGCCAUCUACCCCGCACCCCAAGUGUCCACCGCAGUGGUGGAGCCCUACAACUCCAUCCUGACCACCCACACCACCCUGGAGCACUCCGACUGUGCCUUCAUGGUGGACAAUGAAGCCAUUUAUGACAUCUGCCGCAAGAAUCUUGACAUCGAGCGCCCAACCUACACCAACCUCAACCGACUCAUUGGUCAAAUAGUCUCCUCCAUCACCGCGUCCCUGAGGUUUGACGGAGCCCUGAACGUGGAUCUGACGGAGUUCCAGACCAACUUGGUGCCCUACCCACGUAUCCACUUCCCCCUGGCCACCUACGCUCCAGUCAUCUCUGCUGAGAAGGCCUACCAUGAGCAGCUGUCCGUGUCUGACAUCACAAAUGCUUGCUUUGAACCCGCCAAUCAGAUGGUGAAGUGUGACCCUCGUCAUGGUAAAUACAUGGCCUGCUGCCUGCUCUACAGAGGCGACGUGGUACCCAAAGACGUCAACUCUGCAAUUGCUGCCAUCAAGACCAAACGCACCAUCCAGUUUGUGGACUGGUGCCCCACUGGCUUCAAGGUGGGCAUCAACUACCAGCCUCCAACCGUGGUGCCCGGUGGAGACCUGGCCAAGGUGCAGAGGGCCGUGUGCAUGCUGAGCAACACCACCGCCAUCGCCGAGGCCUGGGCCCGCCUGGACCACAAGUUCGACCUGAUGUACGCCAAGAGGGCCUUCGUACACUGGUACGUGGGAGAGGGCAUGGAGGAGGGCGAGUUCUCCGAGGCCAGAGAAGACAUGGCCGCCCUGGAGAAGGACUACGAGGAGGUGGGCACAGACAGUGUGGGGGACGAAGACGAGGAUGGGGAUGAGUACUGA